AUGAUUGGAGGACUAUUUGUGUACAAUCACAAGGGUGAAGUGUUAAUUUCACGCAUCUAUCGCGAUGAUGUCAGGUAAGUUAUCUUUUCUUCUUGUUUUCUUUUUUUAGAUAGGUCAAUAUUCUAUAGAUUCCUUGAAAAGCUAAUGUCAGAAAGACUUUACUGGUUUUUACAUUAACCUUUUUUAAGAGGUUAGCUAUUUCAUGUUCGGUAAACAAGACAUAUGUUUGUAUCGGUAUAUAAAGCUACCUAUCUUUGGCUUUUUUAGUAAAAAAUGGGCAUACUGAUGUUUAAAAUUUCAGUAGGAACACUGUGGAUGCUUUCCGAGUAAAUGUGAUCCACGCUCGGCAACAAGUUCGUUCUCCAGUCGUUGAUAUAGCUCGAACCUCCUUCUUCCAUAUUAAACGUGGUAAUGUCUGGAUUUGUGCCGUCGCUCGGAAUAAUGUUAAUGCUGCGAUGGUGUUCGAGUUUCUCAAUCGAUUUGCGGACACAAUGCAAAGCUAUUUUGGCAAAUUGAAUGAGGAAAACGUGAAGAACAACUUUGUUUUGAUCUAUGAAAUAUUGGAUGGUAAGUGUAAUAUACUUUUGGUUAAUUGUGUUUGAUGUUUAGAAAUCUUGGACUUUGGUUAUCCUCAGAAUACGGAUCCCGGUGUGUUGAAGAUGUUUAUCACACAACAAGGUGUACGGACUGCUGUGGUAAGAGAUUUUGAGGUUUUACUAUAUUACACUUGAUAUCUGAUACUUUUCUUGGUGUUUUACUCAAUUCUUGAAGAGAUUUUAGGUCUUGUGUUUUUAAAAUAAGUUAAUUAUGAAGCAUUAGAGUUUUUUCUUGCUUAUUAUACAAAUUUUACUCGUUCAGACAGUUCAUUAGCUUCAAAUUUUAACAAAAACGUUUGCAGAGUAAAGAAGAACAGACCCAAAUAACGUCUCAAGUGACUGGACAGAUUGGCUGGAGACGAGAAGGUAUUAAAUAUAGAAGGAAUGAACUUUUCCUUGAUGUUAUUGAGUACGUAAACUUGUUGAUGAGUCAACAAGGUCAAGUUUUGUCGGCUCAUGUGGCUGGAAAAGUGGCUAUGAAAAGUUAUUUGAGUGGAAUGCCAGAAUGCAAAUUUGGUAUCAAUGACAAGUUGACUAUUGAAUCGAGACGAGGUGGUACUGCUGAGGACUCUUCUAAGUAAGUGGGAUAUUGUUUUUGGGUUGGAAAGAAAUUUUUUUGCAACUUUUAACCGAAUCUAUAGCUAUUGUUACUUUUCAGAGGCCGAACAGCCGUAGCCAUCGAUGACUGCCAAUUCCAUCAAUGUGUAAAACUGACCAAGUUUGACUCCGACCAUGCCAUCUCCUUCAUACCCCCAGAUGGAGAAUACGAAUUGAUGCGCUAUCGAACGACCAAAGAUAUUCAGCUGCCAUUCCGAGUAAUACCUCUGGUGCGGGAGAUUAGUCGCAAUAAGAUGGAAGUCAAAGUUGUCAUCAAGUCCAACUUCAAGCCAUCGUUGUUGGCCCAAAAGAUCGAGGUUCGAAUUCCAACACCGCCAAACACAAGUGGAGUUCAGCUGAUUUGUAUGAAGGGAAAGGCCAAGUACAAGGCUGGGGAGAAUGCCAUCGUUUGGAAGUAUGUUUUUAAGUUUAGGGGGGGGGGGGGGGGUUAACUUGGCAGGCUUUGGACGUCGCGUUAUACGAAGCGUUGUCUUUUUGGGUUAUUUUUUAGCUUGUAAAGAAAGUUUUUGCCAUUCUUUGGUUCGUAAAGAAAGCCCUUACAAUUUUUUGAGUUGUAAAGAAAGUUCUUGCCAUUUUUUGUUUUGUAAAGAAAGCUUUUGUCCAUUUUCUCAUUAUCUGAAUAAAAAAACCGUUUUUGCAAAUUGCAGCCUGCGGCGAUCAACUUAUACUAAAAAAUUUUUAAAUUUGCGUAUUUUUUUUAAAUUUUAAAGUUUAACGUUAAUUUAGACCUAGUUUGAAUGUGAUUUUAGGAUAAAACGAAUGGGUGGCAUGAAAGAAUCUCAAAUCUCUGCCGAAAUCGACCUUUUGGCGACAGGAGCAGCCGAAAAGAAGAAGUGGAACCGGCCACCGGUUUCAAUGAACUUUGAGGUAAGUUUUAAAUUAAAUUUAUUUGAGUUUUGAAAUUUUUAGGAAUUUAAAAAUUUUUUUCGUUUUUUUUUAUUUUAUAAUUAUACAUUUUAGGUCCCAUUCGCCCCGUCCGGCUUAAAAGUGCGCUACCUCAAGGUAUUCGAACCGAAGCUCAACUACUCUGACCACGACGUCAUCAAGUGGGUACGGUACAUUGGCCGCUCCGGCCUUUACGAAACUCGCUGUUAA